GUUGCAUAGAAAUUUCGAAAAAAAAAAAAAGAAAAGAUCGGCCACCUCCUGCGCGAUUUUUUCUCCAAUUGUCGUACUCAACGAUUGCAACAACAGCGAUCGCGCUUACACGUUUUCUGAACUUGAUUUGGCCGCCUGAAUAUGUGCGAUCAUCAGUUUGGUAAUUGCGCUGCACCAGUUCAGACAACAUGCUGCAAUCGACUGUCGUGGCCGGCCAAGUCCUUGGUAGAACCGCCGCCUUAAUCCGAAUCGGGCUCCUGCUGAUGACGAUUAUUCCGAGGGUUAGUCCAGGACUGGGAGCUAACGGCAAUAUCGGCAACAACGGCAGUGUCAGCAUACAGCACCGGCUUUAUCGGCAGAGCAGGCAGAUGCUGAUCGACAGCGAGGAUCAGUUCCUGGCGCUUAGUGAGGAUCAUCGGAAGCUGGGCGAUGGAUUGAUCAGAAGUGCCAGGCGCAGCAGUCACCGGGAGCCGAAGUUCAUCAGCUUCACGACCAAGAACGACAACAUCGAGGUCGAAAUAGAUUUUGCCAUCCCGUUUCUCACGAUCCCUGUGAAGGAUUCCGUUGAUGGAGUGAUGGGGUCGAUCAUGAAGGGCGUCCCAGCGCUGAACGUAAACGUUGGUGCGGUUAUCCUUGCGGGAGUUCUAGCGAUAGCUGGAGCCGUUUUGGGAGCAGUCGUUCGAAUUUUCAGAGGCAACGGACUGUCAAACCCUCUGGCAGCACUCGGCCUAAUGCGCGAAACGGAAAGACAAGAACGAGCAGGGACAACCGACCCGAAUCACCUGUGGACUCUGAUGGAAGCGGUGGACAAGAGUCUGCAGAAGUUCAACAUCGAUUCGACGGCGUGCACGCAAAGGGCGGUCUGCUGGUACGUGAAGGAAGCCAUGAACAACGUCAACGAGAGGCGAGCUAGCAGAAUGGACACGGUGAUCAACGGGCUGAGCGAAGCGGAAUGGGCACUGAAAUUUACCACCGGUACGGCGAUCGAAGACGCGAUCCGUACCGGACGAAGAAACGUGAACUGCGGGCAAGCGUAUCCGUCCUGUCGGAUCAAGGCGGAUACGGUGCGAAGGAUACUGAAGCACUCGAAAUCGAGGAAGUGAUCUUUAUCAUUAGGAGUAACUCCUUAGAUUAGCUUAG